UGGUUCUCCCGACUGGACCAUUGAUCCCGCCUGGCUCCAGCGAGUGUCUGAUGUUAUCGACAUGGCCACAUCGAGGGGGUUUUAUGUCAUGACGAAUAUCCACCACGACUCUUGGGAGUGGGCGGAUGUCAGCCAACCGGGAGCCAACUGGACCAUGAUCGAGGAGAAGCUGCGCGCCUCCUGGGUGCAGAUCGGCAAGAAGCUUGCCUGGAAGUCCGAGCUGGUGUCCUUCGAGCCCAUCAAUGAGGCUCCCGCUUCCACUGCUGAACACGGCGCCGAGAUCAACAAGAUCAACCAACUCUUCCUCGAUGCCCUUGCUGAAUCCGGCGGCUUUAAUUCGCAACGCUUGGUCACGCUGGUCAGCGGCAACAUGGAUCCCAUAAAGACGAGUGAAUGGUUCGUCCCGCCGAAGAACAUCUCCAAUCCGUGGGCGCUGCAGUUCCAUUACUACAACCCCUAUGAUUUCAUCUUCAGCGCCUGGGGUAAAACGACAUGGGGAUCCGACAGCGACAAGGCCGCGCUAACCGACGAGUUCGCCAUCGUGCGAAACAACUUCACCGACGUGCCCCUCAUCAUUGGCGAAUGGGACGCAAGCCCGACCAACACGGAAACCGGGGCUCGGUAUCGGUACUUUGACUACUUCAUCCGCCAAGCCAGCGCCAUCGGGGCCGCCACCAUGGUCUGGGACAACGGCGACGACCACCUGGACCGAAAUACCGGCCUGUGGCGAGACCCGGUGGCCAUCGACAUCCUGAUGAAUGCCGCAAAGGGGGUCCCAAAUUCCCUGCCCGACGGAACGACCAACCUCGACGCGACGACCCAGCAGAGCUCGGCCUACAUCUAUCACAGGUUCGGGGACGACGUGACCGACCAAGCUCUCCCGUUUCUCCUGAACGGCAACACCCUAGAGUCCAUCAAAGUGUCGGGGGGCUCAACCGCGCGCCCGUCAACAGAUUACUCCAUCGACGGUUCGACAGUGACCUUCAAGGCAGCCUUCCUCUCGACGCUGAUAUCGCCCACCGCCGAGCCGGGAAGCAAAGCCAACCUGACGCUGAACUUCUCCGCCGGCGCGGACCUGAACGUCGAGGUUGUGCAAUGGGACACGCCCGUCCUGGCCACGACGUCCUCGAAGGCGGUCGCGGGCGCCGACCUGCACAUCCCGAUCGACUACAAGGGCCUGAAGACGGUCGCCGCGGUCAAGGUCCUCCGGAUCGACGGCACCAUCCCCUUCGACGACUGGACGGUGUGGCUCGGGCCGUUGCAGCAGGGGCGAGCGACGUAUGGUAAGCAGUAUAGCUGGGAUGGUAAGAGCGUGGUUAUCACGGCCGAUGCUGUUAAUGACGUCAUUACAUCGGGGCUGACGACGGGUUAUAUGUUUGAGUUCUACCCGAGGAUAGUCCCGCUGAACGCCGUCAACUACACUCUCGAGGCUUGAGGCAAGUGGCUGACCAGACUGCUGGGAUGGCGGCUGAUCGGAGGGCCGCGAGUUGUAUGGAUUCGCUUCGUCGAGCAGCAGUUUUGGGAAUUUUAUGAUGACUGCAUUGUAUAUAUUUAGUUUGCCCAAAACAAGUUGUGUAUCUCUUGUCAUAACUGUUCUGAAUAUAGUUAAAUUGAAUUGAGGAAAUUCCACCAAGUAGUUAACACUAAGAAUUAGC